AUGCAAGGACAUGGUUCCAUUAGCAGAGAGGGAUCCUCUUCCAUAAGCUCCUCCUCCGUCGAUGCACCGACGCCUCGCUGUCACUGUGGCGUGACAUCGCCAAUCAGAACCGCUUGGAGAUCUAACUAUCCAGGCAGAAGGUUUUAUGGAUGUUCUGGGUACGGAACCAGCAGGAAAUGCUCGUUCUUUCAGUGGUACGAUCCAGAGCCCCCGGCUCAUUAUUCCGAUGUCAUUCGCAGGUUGCUGGAAACGAACGAGUGCAUUAGAAGUGAGAACACAGAGUUGAAGAAGACAAGACAGGAACUCCUAGACGAGCUGCGUCAUUUGCAACAGAGUGUGCAUGAAACAAGGGCAGAGCUCGAGGUUGCCAUUGCAGCCUCUAUGGACAUGGAAGACAACAUGGUUGCGAGUGUCGCGACGACGAGGAGGCGUGGGGUUGUGAUCAUCGUGCUGAUAUCCGUGAUCGUUUUCGUGGAUUUGAUUGCAUUGGCACUGUGUUUUUAA